GCCUCUGAUAGCAGGCGCAAGCACAGCGGCCGCUGCCGGACGUGGUAUCUGCUGGUCGGUUGGUGUUUCUCUGAAAGUCGGUGCCGUCGAACUUCCCGCCAUGGCUGAGUUAGAUCCGUUCGGCGUCCCCGCUGGCGGUCCCGCCCUGGGGAACGGAGUGGCCGGCGAAGAGGACCCUGCCGCGGCCUUCUUGGCGCAGCAGGAGAGCGAGAUUGCGGGCAUCGAGAACGACGAGGCCUUCGCCAUCCUGGACGGCGGCGCCCCCGGAUCCCAGCCUCACGGCGAGCCGCCGGGGAUUCCAGAUGCUGUUGAUGGAGUGACGAAUGGAGAAUACUACCAGGAGAGUAAUGGGCCGACAGACAGUUACGCAGCUAUUUCACAAGUGGAUCGAUUGCAGUCAGAGCCUGAAAGUAUCCGUAAAUGGAGAGAAGAGCAAACGGAACGCUUGGAAGCCCUUGAUGCCAAUUCUCGGAAGCAGGAAGCGGAGUGGAAAGAAAAAGCAAUAAAGGAGCUGGACGAGUGGUACGCGAGGCAGGAUGAGCAGCUACAGAAGACAAAAGCCAACAACAGGGUGGCAGAUGAAGCUUUCUACAAACAACCCUUCGCUGACGUGAUUGGUUAUGUCACAAACAUAAACCAUCCUUGCUACAGCCUAGAACAGGCAGCAGAAGAAGCCUUUGUAAAUGACAUUGAGGAGUCAUCCCCAGGCACUGAGUGGGAACGGGUGGCCCGGCUGUGUGACUUUAACCCCAAGUCCAGCAAGCAGGCCAAAGACGUCUCCCGCAUGCGUUCUGUCCUCAUCUCCCUCAAGCAGGCCCCCCUGGUGCACUGAAGAGCCACCCUGUGGAAACACUACAUCUGCAAUAUCUUAAUCCUACUCAGUGAAGCUCUUCACGGUAAUUGGAUUAAUUAUGUUGAGUUCUUUUGGACCAAACCUUUUGUCUUUAGAGUUGAUCAUUGUUUGUGAUUGCAUGUUUCCUUCAACUGUGUUCUCCCUGGCAUUCAAAGAGGAGGGGAGGUGGCGGCAGAGGAAGGGAGGGAGGCCUCCCAACGGCAGCCUCAACCUAUGCUUUUGUGCAUUAUUCUGAGAAUAAAUUUCUGUUCCAAGAAAUAAA